AUGGCACCACCUCGUCAACGCGCUCGUACACCGGAGACACCAACCAACGAGCAGCUAGCUCAGAACCUGCAACACCUCACGCAGACCGUGCAAACCUUGAGUGAAGUUCUUUUGAACAACAAUCAUCCUGCUCCGCCACCACAGCCAACCGGACACCGGGAUGUUGGACGCCUUGUAUCGGGCCAUAGACCACCGAUGUUUGCCGGUGAGGAGGACCCUGUCGUGCUCGAGGAGUGGAUUCGAACCUUCGACAAGAUCUUCUCCGUUGAAGGGUGCCCUGGAGAGCGCAGAGUAGAGUUGGCAUCUUUCUACUUCAGUCAUGAAGCGGAUCUGUGGUGGGUGCACGAGGGACCUGCAUGCCAAGAGGAGGCCGACUUCGACUGGACAGCUUUAAAGGACCGGAUGAGAGAGCGGUUCUACCCGGCACAUGUUCGAGCUGCUAUGUAUGAGGAGUUUCUACACCUCCAGCAGGGUUCAUCGUCUGUGGUGGAGUACCACAUGCGAUUCUUGGAGCUCGCUCGCUUUGCAAGGAUGCUAGUCCCCACCGAACUUGCGAAAGUGGAGAAGUUCGUGUCUAGGCUCAACUACGAGGCUCGUAAGGCGUUGACCGUGAGUAAGCCGAGGACCUUGAAAGAGGCUUAUCUGAGUGCUGCUGACUUAUACCGACUUCAACAGUUGCAGCAGGGAUCGUUUGAGCUUACAAGGAAGAGGAAUGAAAGCAGUGGAUCUACCAACUUCAAGAAGCCAAGACAGGACUUCCGAGCCAAGACCGCACCUUCCCCACCUCAAGGAUCAAACCGAGUAGGGUCCGGUGAUCAAGCUAAGACGUUCGCUUGCAGGAAGUGUGGAAAGGAGCAUGUGGGAAAGGAUUGCCAUGGUUUUGCCCUCCGAUGUUUCAAGUGUGGGGAGAGAGGACAUAAGGCUGCCGUUUGCCCUCUUCAAGCUAACCAAAGAGCUUUGCAACCUAGUUCGGGAACCGGUGGAGCUUCAGGAGGGAGUUCAAACCGAGGUGCAUCUGGAGCUAGACCUUCGGGUCGGGUAUUCGUGAUGGGUAGAUCCCAAGCUGAGACGGAGGGUUGGUUGAAGGUUGGGUAUUCGUGA